AGGUUAAGACUAACUUCAGGACAGCAAUCACCAUCCCAGAAAAAUCUUGGUCACGGUUUCGGGACAUAUUUGCAGAUUAUGUAGACAAAAUGAAGGAUGGUGGCGAGAAGGGCCCUAGUGAGAGUAAUAAAUGAGGAGCGUGGCAGUGUUAGGUAUGCUAAAGGAUUGACUGGUGACAGGCACGUGUGGGGAUGGUGACGUGUUGUUCUGGCCAUGCCCAGGUCGCCACACAAGUGCUGGGAGAUGCCACCGUUGCCCUAUACCUUGAGGAGGCGAACCCUAUUGUUGCUCCAGCCCAUGUGUUGGCUGCCAUUCCCACCACAAACUGCCAAUCCACACCCAGUCUACUCUUGUAUAAAGUGUAAAGAGAAGUCUAUAACCAGAGUCGUUUAUUGUAUAGCUUAUGAACCAGUUACAGAUACCAGUGAGAACCGGCAGUCUGAUGCUUCUGUUUACGUGAGGAAAACUAAUGUCCUUGGUAGACUUCCACAGUUAUAGAAAAAGGAGUUUAUAGGCAAUUAAAUGUUAAGUGAUACACAUAAUUCUAGAAGACUUUACUGUCAUUGGCGGCACUUGUAACUUGAUGAUAUGGGAUAUAUGAUAACCGGCCACUGCCUGUUUAUGUGUGUGUGCAGCAUUUAUCUGAGGAACUCACUGUGAUAUAUCUAUCACGCAGUUGUGAGUGAAAUCGUGGAUAGAAAUCCUAUUGAACCUGAAAUGCCGGAACUCCACAGGACCCAACAUAGUUAUGGCUCGCAGUAGGUUCUAUGAACACAUGUUGCUGAAAGAGUCGUAAUAACCAAUUGAACAUUUGUUACAAUACGAUAGUGAAAGGCCACACUAGGCCAAUGCCCGUUACAUAGUGUGGUGGAGUUGAGCCUUGGAGUGGUGCACUGCUGCCCAACCCACACACCCACCACAUACCCGAUUCAGUCAUCAAAAGCAGGUUAUUAACAACUUCCACAUACAUAGAAAUAGUUCUAAAACUUUAAGAGAUAUGUAAAGACCAAGAACAUGUAACUACCAGAAGGGUUCUGAUGGGUGUGUGGGUAACGGGCAGCUAUGAUGUGCCGCCGUCCCGAUGCGGACUGACCUCACCAGCCACUGCCACCAGUUGUCAUGUUGUCUUUCAUUGCCACUACCCAACCUAGAAGCAGAUGGUGUACCAGCAGGAGCAAGAACCACCACCAUGGAGCUAGUUACAGCUAACAAGGAGAGGGGACAGUACGGUUCAGGUGUUUCUCAACUUAGUCAUCAAGAAUGUCAGCAUAAAAUUAGUGAAGCCAGAUAUUUGAAAAGAACUUGCUAUUGAGUAAGAUGGUGCCCAAGCGGUGUAAGUGGCAUAGCAGAGUACCGUCCUGUCCCCCUGCUACCUGCCUGCCUUGCUGGAUUGCCCUCAAGCCUCCCUGGACUCCCAACCAACUCGCCAACAGUGCCACUAGCAGAGCCUCAGGUCCUGUUCUCUUGUUCCUUCUCAACUGGAAAACAUAUUGUCAAGAUUGGGAAAAUUUCUGAAAUUGGAUUGACUGGAGAUGGAACUCGACUACCCUAGUGAGGGAUGGUGCUGGCCGUUGAUCAAUGAUGCCUUCACUGUUAGAUUCUGCUGGUUAUGCCAGUGGACCAAUAGGUCAGGUAGGACAGUGCUCAAGGCUCUGACUAGGCACAAUAAAAUUUGCCGACUCACCCCAUCUACCAAGACUGAAACCCCAAGUCAGGACACAUCACACUUUGUUUACUUACUUUGUAAAAUGAUUUGCUAUAGAUAGAGACUUAAUUAGUAUGUGAAUUAUCUUGCAGUAGCAUCUUGUCAUGCUUCUCCUAAGUGCAGUGUUCGGGACGUCAGUGGUGGACCAUACGCUUCAUGAUACAUAAGUGUUGGAAGACAAAUUCAAACUCCCCCCAAACCUUCAUAUCAAGGCUUUUCUUGUGGACUGUGGCAAGGCAUAUUUGUUGGGGCAUUUGGAGGGAGCACGACAGGAACACAUGCAAGGUUGAUUGACACAGCUUUAAUAGUAACAGAAUAGGAAGAAAUGGGAGUUUACAUACAUCUAUAAUUGAUACCGAUAGUUUUUUUGUGAAAAGAUUUAUGUAACUAAUCAUGAUGUUAUUUAUAUGAAUGAUCACUUUCUACAUAAAACUUGAAAAAAUGUUUGGUACUGUGUUGGCCAGGUGUAUUGAGAUGGUAAUAAUGUGUGAUCCCCAGAACCAGGCCUGGUCACUCAUCCUCACCACCAUGUUUCUGUUCCACCUGUAUAUACAAUCAGUCCUUUGGGAUUUCAGCCCAAACAUUUCUUUUUGCUGAUUUUUCAUGAGCAUCCUAGACUGGUCUGCAGUCUUAUGUGUGUGUGUGCUUAUUUCUUCUGUUUUUCCCAAGGUAUCACGUUAUCUGUACUUCAUGAUUUUUGUUGGAUAAAGGAUGUGUAGUUGAUAGGUUUGUGUAUUAGAGUACUCAGCAGCAUUAUUUUUUUUAUACCAAGUGUGUAGCAGUAAGGAGGGCUAAGGUAAGCUGUAGUGCAGACCAAUCUAAGGGUUGCACAGUGGCUGUGGCUUGUGUCGUGGUGGCCCAGUGCUGGCUGACACCGUCCACGUCUGUCUCUGCCAGGGAUGCUCACCUUUUAUUGAUUAUGAUAUUUUAGCUAAAAAUUGUUUCAUUUGAAUUUUUUAUCAUGAUUGAUAUCUUGGUGUUGUGUGUAUUUUUGCCUGUUUCCCUCCAUUGUUGUUAAUAGUACAGCAAAUGAUAUCAGGCAGAUGUAGGGCAAGAAAUUAUUUUUCUUAAAACUUUGUGACCAUUUGUAAUUUUCCAUAGGAAUAAUUGUCUGUUAUUGAAAUUACAUUUUGUAAUUUUCUGAGGAUAAAUUGUCUAUUUCUAAAGCUACAAAAUAUACGAGUGCUUAUAUAUAGAAUAAUAUAUAUAACCAGAUGGAACUUGAAAAGAUUAGGUGGCAUUUGGUAUGGAAAGAGGCAGAUAUGGCCAUUAGCCAGCAACUGUGUCCAGGCCAGGCUUGUAGGCGCCCUUCUACCAAGCACACCUGCACGGGUGGCGUGAGCUUGGUGUAGCAACUUUCAUGACUUAAGGCAAAAUUUAUUAUCAGUUUUCGGUGUGCUAUAUGUAAUGGAAUUUUCUAUACUGAAAAUUUGUAGAAAAAAAAGUGGUUUGGACGUUUAUUGGCAGAUUGUGGGAUUAUAGAGAGGUGUGGAGUGUAAACCCAGCUCGGAAUAUGCUAUUCUUAUGAUAAUUUGGUGUCCCUACGAGUUCACAUACUACAGUAGAUCAGGAGUAUGCUGAGGAUGGGAGAUGAUGACUACAUGUUGAAUUAACACCUUCAUUGUAGUAAAGAUGUGGAUGUGGGGUUACAGUAGUUUCGUGGGAGCCUGAUCAGUCCAAGGGUGUCUACCAAGUGUAGGACAAGUGGGAACUUCAAGUUAUCCAGCAGACAAGCAUUUCCGCACGUAUUUGUGUGUCCAUGUCUGUUGCUCCAUGUUGACCAUCCCCGAGUAGGAUACUUCAAUCUGUGUUACCAAACAGUGAUGAAUAGAAGCCUUCAUUGUUUGUGUUUUCAAGCCAAUUCACUGCCAUUUUUUGUCGUAUCAUGGUGAUGGAAUUGAAGAAGUAUAAACAGUCCAGCAGUCCAGGGUGUUGGCUCAUUGAGUUAGAAUUUUCUUUCUUUUCAUUUCUUUUUAGCUUAUUUAUUUUUAUUAAUAUAAUUACUUAUCUUUAUUUUCAAUUAUGUUAUCAGAGAAUUUGUUCACAUUUUUAUCAUUACUAAUACUUUUUUUUGUUUUUUGUUUUUGUUUUAUACUUUUGAUUUUGGGGACUUUUUGCCCAGUUUUGAUGGGAUUUGAUGAAAUCUGUUGCUUGAUGUGCCUGGUUUAAGCCAAGAAAUUGAGGUAAUUUGGUUUGUUUCAAUAAAAAAAGCAUUUAAUAUCUUUUGUUUAGCAGCAGCUAUUAUCUCUCUAAGGAAUAUCAAUUUAGCUUUUAUUUGUCCUUCAGCAAUUGUACAUUGAUUCUGAAUUGCUUCAAGUCUUGCUGUGUUGUAAUUACUGACCUAAUGGAUAUGUAUUAUUAGUCUCACAUGAAUCCCAUCUUUUUGGCAAGAAAUAAUAAAAAGACGAUCAAAAGUGGAUCCUUGUUCUUGUACUAUUAUCUUGUCCUCUCGUUUGGUUAAAGCUGCGGCAAAAUGUUCGCCUUGUUAUUCUGUAAAAUUUGUUGCCAUAUAGAUUUUCCCCUUAAAAAUUGUUUUGGAGAAAAUGUACAUACUCUGUUUUGAUUUGAUCAAAAUCACCUUGCUGUAAUGGAAGUAUUGAUAAGUUGUUAAUUGGAAAAAGAAAUUUAAGUUCUCUAAGGAAAGUAAUUAUAUGAAUUGCAAUAAAUGGAAGCAGUUGCAGUACUAUAGUAGCCAAGUUUUAUUAGAACAAGGAGCACAAAGGUAAUGUUUCAUAUUAAACACAUACUUUUAAGCACCCAAAACACAGCUGUAAGAAGUGUGCAAAUGUGUUUACAUGAUGCACCUGACAUAAUUCCCAUGAAGCACCUUACAUACAAGACAUCCAUCAUGCCACUCGCCAUGCAUGCACAUAUCACACAUCAUGUUUAACAGACGCAGACAUACGUACACAAACAUGCACAAAUAAUGCCUUCCAUUAUGCUGUUGGAGCAUGUGCAAAUGCAACAUCAGUAUGCAUACAUACAAAAAUGCACUUCCACUCCCACAUAUAAAAAAGAAAAAAAAGAAAAAAAAAAAAAAAAAAAAAAAAAAGAAAAAGAAAAAAAAAAAUACAUGCACUCGCACUUGCUGUGGCACACAGUUGCAAUCAUACACACACACACUCAGAUACACUCUUUACCUAUGUAUAAUGCCAAUUUACACACUAUUUUUACUAUUUUCUUUGGUAGUUGCAGAUCCUUGCUAAUUUUUCAACUUGUAGCUCAUGGUGGGCACACUGGAUGACACCCUUUAGACGAGGGUGGAAACAGACUCAACAGGGUGUGUGGAUUGUGAUACCACUAUUUUUUCACUUUUUUUAAUUAUUAUUAUCAUUUUUUAUCUACAGAGGUCAAACAUUGACACAUAUGAGUGGUCUUCUUCACAGAAGAGGUUGUUGGAAGUUAUGUACCAAACAACAAUUGGUGCUCUGUUUGUCAGUCAGGACUUGGCAAUACAUAGGCUUUGAUUGUAGUAGCUGGUUUUGAUUACCCUACAGAUGCUUCUGAUUUCUGGUUUUAUAGGUAAAGAGUGACUGACAAGAGAGAUCAGUAAGAGGAAAUGUGAGCAAACACCAACUGUCACUCCAUGAUCAGUUUACCAAAAAUCUUGCAAGUCUGUAGUCAUUGUGAGGGCUAUUAAAAGACUUGGAAAUGCCACUGAUAAAUGAAUUAAACAGAUCAAAGAAAAAAAUAAAAGUAAAAUUGAAA